AUGGGCAUUCUCUCCAGCUUUCGCAAGCCCGCCACAUCCGAUUCCUCCCUCUCAUCCACCGAAAAGGCCACAAAGGGCUCAACUGACCCUGCCUCUCCCCACGACCGGCGCACCUCCUCUCAAGCCUACAUCGAUACACCCUUCCCGCUUGUAACAUGGCGCGUUAUCGUCCUCGGCACGCUUGUGUCCAUGGGCGGUCUGAUAUUCGGCUACGAUACCGGCCAAAUCAGCGGCUUCCUCGAGAUGAAAGACUUUCUCAAACGCUUUGGCGAACUGGGUCCUGAUCCUAAGAACCCUGGCGGGCCGCCGACAUAUCAAUUCUCUAAUGUGAGAUCGGGCUUGAUAGUGGCGAUGCUAUCGAUUGGGACGCUGGUUGGUGCGUUGAUUGCUGCCCCGUUCGCGAAUCUGAGGGCGGUUGGGAGAAAAUACAGCAUCAGUGGGUGGUGCAUCGUCUUCUGCAUUGGUAUGGUGGUCCAAAUCAGCGCAGUGGAUAAAUGGUAUCAAGUAAUGGCGGGAAGACUUGUUGCAGGCUUGGGAGUGGGUGCGUUGAGCAUUCUAGUGCCGCUGUUCCAAAGCGAGAGUGCACCUAGUCACGUAAGGGGGGCGAUUGUCUGUUGCUACCAGCUCUUUAUCACUCUUGGUAUUCUUUUUGCAAACAUUGUCAAUUACGGUACAGAGCGCAUCUACAACACCUCAUCAUGGCGCAUACCGAUGGGCAUCGGCUAUCUUUGGGCCAUCAUUCUGGGCACAGGUAUCCUCUUCCUCCCAGAAACGCCCAAACACAACUUCCGUCUAGGCAAGGUUGAAGAGGCAGAGGAUACAAUGACUAAGAUGCUCGGCGUCGUACCAAAUCAUCGCAAAGUCCAUGUCGAACUGCGCCAGAUGAAAGAAGCCAUAGAGGCUGAACGAGCAGGCGGGGCGCCAGCAUUCUACGAAGUCUUCACCGGCCCACGUAUGCUCUAUCGCACCACUUUGGGAAUCGUUCUCCAGGCCUUCCAACAGCUUACAGGCGCCAACUUCUUCUUCUAUUAUGGCACCACAAUCUUCGUUUCCACAGGCCUCAAUAACAGCUUUGAGACUCAAAUAAUCCUUGGAACCGUGAACGUCGUCUGUACUUUCCCUGGACUCUACUUUGUUGAACGCUUCGGCCGCCGCAACUCUCUCAUGGCUGGUGGAGCCUGGAUGUGUGGAUGUUUCCUCAUUUUCGCAAGCAUAGGGCACUUCGCACUCGAUCAAACUACCCCCACAAACACGCCCAAAGCCGGCACAGCCAUGAUCGUAUUCGCCUGCCUUUUCAUCGCUGCAUUUGCGAGUACGUGGGGUCCGAUGAUCUGGACCGUCACGUCUGAGUUAUUCCCAUCACGGUAUAGAGCUCAAGCGAUGUCUUUGACGACAGCAUCGAAUUGGACUUGGAAUUUCUUGAUUGCAUUUUUCACUCCGUUUAUUACUAGCGCGAUCGAUUUCAGGUAUGGGUAUGUUUUUGCGAGCUGCUGCGCUGCGGCGACAGUAAUAGUCUUCUUCUUUUUGUUGGAGGCGCAGGGGAAGACACUGGAGGAAGUAGAUGCAAUGUAUUUGUUGAAGGUCAAGCCGUGGGAGAGUAAGGACUACAAGCCGGAUAUUGGGAUACUACAGGAUCGCGAUGAGACUUUAUGA